GGUCAGACUGAGGGCUUGGGACUGGGGAGGUUGGGAGGGGGGUAGAUUUAGAGCCAGCAAAAAUAAGGGGCGUGGCCUGCCCAUCACCUGGAUUCCUGAGAUGCCGGGAGCACAGAGAGGCCCCAGGCAGGGCCUGCCCACUACUGGGACCUGGAAGGCUUAGAAAUGUGGAGCUGGAAGAGAAGUCACAGGGAAGAAAGAAAAAGGAAGGAACUAGAGGUCAUGGCACAGCAAAUACACUUAAACAGGGGCUGGGAGUCAGAACUCCUGGGCUGGUUUCCUGGCUGUUCCAAAUAUAUCGAUACCCCGGGAUCAUACUCCUAGGUGAUCCUAGAGAAAACUCCAGAGCUGGGGGUGGGGGGACCCUGCAGAUCAUUUCUUUGGGCCAUUUAUUUUGAUUUGAUAUAGAAAGAACAAAGCCAGACAGAGGUGUCUGAUAGGCUUACUUUGAAAUCUGACCCAGCCGUGAUGCCAACUGCUAGUUUGGACACAACAGCUGUGUGUCUUUUUGCAGGAGCCUGGGGAGGGGCCAUGGUGCCAGGCCAGCCGUGGGGGAAACUGGAGAAGCCGCUUCUCUUCCUGUGCUGCACCUCCUUCCUCCUGGGGCUGGCUUUGCUGGGGAUACGGCCGGACAUCACCCCUGUGGCUUAUUUCUUUCUCAGCUUGGGUGGCUUCUUUUUGUUGGGCUGCCUCCUGGCCUGUUUUUUGGAAUGGGGGUCUCGAUCAGUGCAGACCGAGAGCCCAGGGGCCUCCAGCAAUGCACGGGACAACGAAGCCUUUGAGGUGCCAACCUAUGUCGAAGCCACAGUGACGGAGCCGCAGCCACAGCCGCACCAAGAGCUGGACCAACCACCCUCUUACAGCAGCAUUGUAAUCCCCCCAGGACUUGAGGAAGGACAGCCUAACCACCCAGAGGAGCCCAGGAGAGCCAGACUGGACAGGCGAGUGGGCUCAGAGGGGUCUGUGACCUCAGCAAGUCCUAGAAGACCUCCAGUCAGCCUGCGGCUUCGGUGGUCACGGGCUGCGUCCACUGUUCCUGAUCUGCAGACCUUGUGGACAACCCCCAGAUUGGAACCUCUGACUCCACCCCCUGCCUAUGAAGUCAGCUGUGAUCACUCUGAUGAUGAUGUUUUCUAUGGAAACAACUGGACACCCCCCUAAAGGACUUUCCGAGGAUAUAUCAUCUUUCGGCACCAGACCCACUCAUUCUUCGGACCAUUGCUUCCCAGUGCCUGUCAGGUGUCAGGAACUGUGUCCCCACCUGGACAUCACAAAUGCAAACUUUGACCCAGAGAGGAGUCGGGCUGUGGUGAGCCCUGCCCGGUUUUGAGGUGGCCCAUCCCAGAGAUCCAGGUGGCAAAAUUUGAGUCUUCAGGCAAUAUUCAGCAACCUACCCCAUAUCCAGAGUUAGACCGAGGACGAGAUGAGGAAGUGAUCCAGAGAAUCUAGGGAAAGAAGAAAAGAAACAAUAUCUGAGUGACAUUCUGAUGCUUCUGUUCCAGGUGCUUUGGCUCUAUUUUAGAUAACAAAAAUGAGGGGUUAUUGCCCUCAUUUGUGAAAUGAGGGCCCUAAUGGUCAGAAAAAAAAAAAUGAUAAUUUGCACAGGAGCACUCUGCUAGUAAAUGACACAAAGUCUUGAACUUUGCUCUUCAGA